UUAAAUGUUAUUGUUUUACCUCCUUUUUUCUGACUUAAUAUAUUUGACUUGCCAAGAAAUUUUCUACAAACCUGAUCAAAAUAACAAGAAGACUUUUUAUUGUUAUCUUAACAAAGUAUGUCAAGAUAUUUGUCCAAAACAAAAACACUAUUCAUAUAAGAAUCCAAGACUGAACUUAGUGGAGAAUCAAAAGAAUCAAGUAAUGGCUGUUAAUGGUUUAUAUCGUCCUAGAAGUGCAUUGGCUCGUGCUCUUUAUGAAAAACAAAGGAAUGAUAGACUUUUGGAGGAAUUUGACCAAACGGAGUGGUAUCGAGUAGACAAGAGCCGGCUGAGCGAAAACCUGAAGAAUAAAUUUGUGCAGCUCGACCCUGAUGAAGAGACCAAAGAGUUCCUGUCCACAUCUAUCGACAAGUCCUCGUGGGUAUGGACACAAAUAUGGUACCUUCUCGCCAAAGCCGUCCUUAGGCAUUUCUGGUCCAUCACAGACAUUAAUGGAUGGCUGGGGCGCGGCUCGAUGUUCGUGCUGUCCGGUGCGCAGGCGCGGCGGAUGCUGGACGCGGCGGGAGCGCACGUCGGCGGCCGGCUGGUUGACGUGGGCGCCGGCGACGGCGAGGUGAGCCGCCGCUUCGCGCACCUCUACAACGACAAGUUCGCCACUGAGAUAUCCUCCUGCAUGCGCAAGGCGCUCAAAAAUAAAGGAUACACGUUACUCGAUACGGAGUCGUGGUGUGAAGGGGGUGAGUUCGAGUGCGUGUGCAUGCUGAACCUGCUGGACAGGUGCGCGGCGCCGCGGGGGAUGCUGCGGCAGGCUCGCGCCGCGCUCUCACCGCACGGUGUACUACUGCUCGCCCUAGUCCUGCCGUACAAGCCCUAUGUAGAAGUAACACCGGACCACAAGCCAAUCGAGCGCUUACCCAUCAUCGGCGUGACGUUCGAGGAGCAGGUGACGUCGUUCGUGGCCUUCAUGCAGGAGAUGGGGUUCGAGCUGAGGUCGUGGAGCCGCGCGCCAUAUCUGUGCGAGGGCGACUUCGCCCAGGCCUACUACUGGCUCGACGACUCCGUGUACGUCUUCAAACCUAUCGAUAUUAAAACGUGAGCUUAUUUCUAUAUUACAUAAAUGGACAUCGACUGACAUCGACGAAAUGUUUGACCUUUUGUGGUAUUUUGGAGCCGUACUUUACGUAAUGAUUUAUUAAAAAUUAGUUGCAUUUACUAUGAUAGCUUAUUAAGUUCUAAUUUAGUAUAUAUCCGACUCUAUAUGUACAGGUUUAUCAUUAAAAACCGUACAUGGUCUCAAAUAAAAGUUUCUGUUAGAUUAAAAGCACUAAUUCAUUAUAAAAAGUCACCUGCAGACAGUUCUAAAUACU